AGGAAGAGGAGGCGGGAUCCGGGCGCUGCGUUGGCUGCGGCCUGGCACGAAAGGGGCGGCCCCGGCGGAGAGCAGACCCAGUAGCCCGGGCGAUUAUGGACCCGGCAGAGGCGGUGCUGCAAGAGAAAGCGCUCAAGUUUAUGGCUGCAGUUCCGGCUGGUGGAUAUUGGAGGAAUAAUAAAAAGUGCUCUAUGCCCAGGUCUCUGUGGCUGGGCUGCUCCAGCCUGGCGGACAGCAUGCCUUCGCUGCGAUGCCUGUAUAACCCAGGGACUGGCGCACUCACAGCUUUCCAGAAUUCCUCAGAGAGAGAAGACUGUAAUAAUGGCGAGCCCCCUAGGAAGAUAAUACCCGAGAAGAAUUCACUUAGACAGACUUACAACAGCUGUGCCAGGCUCUGCAUAAACCAAGAGACAGUAUGUCUAACAAGCACUGCUAUGAAGACUGAGAAUUGCGUGGCCAAAACAAAACUUGCCAAUGGCACUUCCAGUAUGAUCGUGCCCAAGCAGCGGAAACUCUCAGCAAGCUAUGAGAAGGAGAAGGAGCUGUGCGUCAAGUACUUUGAGCAGUGGUCAGAGUCUGAUCAAGUGGAAUUCGUAGAGCAUCUCAUAUCCCAAAUGUGUCAUUACCAACAUGGGCACAUCAACUCUUAUCUGAAGCCUAUGCUCCAGAGGGAUUUCAUAACUGCUCUGCCAGCACGGGGUCUGGACCAUAUUGCUGAGAACAUUCUGUCAUACUUGGACGCCAAAUCACUGUGUGCUGCCGAGCUUGUGUGCAAGGAAUGGUACCGUGUGACGUCGGACGGCAUGCUAUGGAAGAAGCUCAUCGAGAGGAUGGUCAGGACAGACUCUCUGUGGCGAGGCCUGGCAGAGCGCAGAGGGUGGGGACAGUACUUAUUCAAAAACAAACCUCCUGAUGAGAAUGCUCCUCCCAACUCUUUUUAUAGAGCACUUUAUCCUAAAAUUAUACAAGAUAUUGAGACAAUAGAAUCCAAUUGGAGAUGUGGACGGCAUAGUUUACAGAGAAUCCACUGCCGAAGUGAAACAAGCAAAGGAGUUUACUGUUUACAGUAUGAUGACCAGAAAAUAGUAAGCGGCCUUCGAGACAACACCAUCAAGAUCUGGGAUAAAAGCACAUUGGAAUGCAAGCGAAUUCUCACAGGCCACACAGGCUCUGUCCUGUGUCUCCAGUAUGAUGACAGAGUGAUCAUAACUGGGUCGUCAGAUUCCACUGUCAGAGUGUGGGAUGUAAAUGCAGGCGAGAUGCUCAACACGCUGAUUCACCAUUGUGAGGCAGUUCUGCACUUGCGCUUCAAUAAUGGCAUGAUGGUGACCUGUUCCAAAGACCGUUCCAUUGCUGUAUGGGAUAUGGCUUCCCCAACUGACAUCACCCUCAGGAGGGUGCUGGUGGGACACCGAGCUGCGGUCAAUGUCGUAGACUUUGAUGACAAGUACAUCGUUUCUGCAUCUGGAGAUAGAACCAUAAAGGUGUGGAACACAAGUACUUGUGAAUUUGUGAGGACCCUAAAUGGACACAAGCGCGGGAUCGCCUGUUUGCAGUACAGAGACAGGCUGGUGGUGAGCGGGUCAUCGGACAACACCAUCAGACUGUGGGACAUAGAGUGCGGCGCGUGUCUGCGGGUGUUGGAGGGCCACGAGGAACUGGUGCGCUGCAUCCGGUUUGACAGCAAAAGGAUAGUGAGUGGGGCCUAUGACGGAAAGAUCAAAGUGUGGGAUCUUGUGGCUGCUUUGGACCCCCGUGCUCCUGCAGGGACGCUCUGUCUACGGACGCUGGUGGAGCAUUCUGGAAGAGUUUUCCGACUGCAGUUUGAUGAGUUCCAGAUUGUCAGUAGCUCUCAUGAUGACACCAUCCUCAUCUGGGACUUCCUAAAUGACCCGACUGCCCAUGCUGAACCACCCCGCUCCCCUUCUCGGACAUACACCUACAUCUCCAGAUAAAUAACCCAACACUGACCUCAUUCUUGCCCGGGACUCGUUAAUGUUGCAGUAUUUAACAUACCUGCCAAGACCAGGACGAACAACAACAACAACAACUCCUACCCGGGUUCCCCGGAUGGGUCAGCGAGGAACAGGGCUUUGAGACUCCUGUUGGGACAGUCGGUCAGCAGCCAGCCAGGAUGGUCUGCUCGGCACACCGGCUGCUUCAGUGCUGCUAUCAGAAGAUGUCUUUAUCUUGUGUGAAUGAUUGGAACUUUCAAGCCUUCCUCCCCUUCCCUUCCCCUUCCCCUCUGCACCUGUUUCUCUCCCAUUGGGUUCCAGACAAAGAUGACUUAUAAAUAUAUUCAGUGUUUUGCCAGAAUCUCUCUCGCUUUGCCAUUAAGCAGAAGAACUAGUUUCCCUAUCUGGCACACUUCUAGGGGCCAGGGGCUGCGGCUUCCAGGCAGGGGCUGCCUGGCUGCCUCCUGUUAACUUGCAGGAGUGUCCAGCACCUGGCCAGAGCAGUCCUGGCCACUGCGUGGGAGGAGACGGCUGCCUACACAUCCUGGAGGGGAGAGAGAGGAACACACACACUGGAAGAGCUGCACCUGCUGCCUCCCUCCACUGUUUGGGUUUCUGUCCCUCUUCCCUCCUCCCCUACUCCAUCUUCAACUUGAGGAGGUGUGUGAAGAGAGUCCUCAGCUAGCUUGAGGUGGAUUGCCUAAAAAAUGUGACACUUGGAAGACUUGAGUGUAUCCUAAUUUCCAGCCCAGGCUUUUGCUGCAAGUGACCAACCUGGGACAGCAGUGGAUCCAUGAACAUGACACUCAUCAUAUUUGCAGCUUUCUCUCUCCUCCUUCCCUGUGCCCAAGGGGAGGGACAGGAAUGGCCUGGGCGCCAUCAGUGCUUGUGUUUGCUCUGGACUCAGCAGUCUCCUUGGUUCCAUGUAGAGUGGAAAGGAGCUGCUGAUUGCAUUUCCUCUCAUUAACAAUUAGAUGUGUAAUAAAAAGCAUUGUGCUUCAUCUUAAA